AUGGAUAUUGAUAUGGAUUUGGACCUCGGUCCUCUACCUGAACCCGAGCCAAUCGAGAUGGAGCAAACACUUCAAGCAACCACAGCCGUUCCAGUAGACGGAGCAAUCAUCGACCCUCAAACAGCCGAGGCACAAUCUGAAAAGGUGCACAUACGUGGUGUUGACGAAUUAACGACAGACGAUAUCAAACAAUUCGCGUCGACACAUUUCCCGCUAGAACAACCAGCGCGUAUUGAGUGGAUUGACGAUACCUCCGCAAACAUAGCCUAUUCGACGCCCGAGAUUGGAUUACAAGCUCUGUCUGCUUUAACACAUGACGGCGAACUGGAAGGUGGCAUUUCUGGGGAUGGGACAGCCCCAACCGCGCCAGGAGAGAUUCCCGCACUCCGGCUGCGGUCGGCGAAGGUGCUGGCCUCGCAUCCAGACUCUGUUCUACAGGUGCGCUCGGCGGUGAAGACAGAUAAGAAGAAGCCUCGCGCGCACGAGGCGAGUCGGUUCUACAUGAUGCAUCCGGAACAUGACCCGCGGGAGCGCUUGCGACGUGAAUUGGCUUCUGAUCGGCGUCGCGGCGGGGGAGGGGACAGUGAUGGGGACUAUCGGAGGAGGCGUUUUGACGGACGAGAACUGCGUCGCCGUCGGGAGCGCGAUAAUGAGGACGGCAUUACGGCGAACAUGUACGAUGACAGUGGUGCAGGUGAUGCAGACCGAUCGGAUGGCGAUCGAGACUGGGAUCGUGGGAGGCGGAGGAGUGAACGUCGCGAUCGCGAGAUGGAAUUGUUCCCUGAUGAGGGCGCAAAUUCGGGCCGGCUGCGCAAUCGCAGUGCAUCUCCUGGGCGAGAUACUCUAAUGCAGGAGGGCGGUUAUGUCGACGAACGACAAGAAUCGCGACGCCGAUUCCGUGAGCGCAGUCCGCCACCCCGCCGGCGCAACGAAGGCAAGGAGCUCUUCGGCUCGUCUAAUGGCGACACAAAAUCACGCGAGCUCUUUCCAAAUAAGACCGCCAACACAUACCUCAAGAAAGAACUGUUCCCCUCAAAAGUCAGCAAUCACCGCCGGUCUGACGCCAUCGACGCUGCAGGCGAGGCAGCCGAUCUCUUUUCUAGGCGCACCUCGAUUCCACUAGUAGACGGGUCACACGAAAUAACCGAGCCCAAUGACCGACGAAACCGCAACGUCGAACUCUUCCCUUCAGGCACGCUGGAGCGGGAACCUGUAAACAUCCGCGGCGCAGCCGGUGCAGGCCAAGACCAGGGUUUUGCGAUCCGUGGCGCCGCAGAGAGCGGCAUAUCAAUCAAGGGGAGGGGCAGCGCAUCAGUGCGAGAACUCUUUCCUUCUAAAUACAAAAAUAAUGCCGGCAAAGAGCUGUUUUCAGACAAGAUUGAGGGGAGGGGAGGCCCACGCCGCAAGGCGGAAGAUAUGUUCACUUAAGGUUGCGACUCGGAUUGCUUGCGCUCCCGUUCCUAUUUGCUUAAUUAUUCAGGAUUCCGCAUGCCAUAGAGGUUGCUCUCUGGUAGUUAUCACAAAAUAAUCUACACUACUCUACUGGAUGGGAAUUAGUGGUGGCGG